AUUUACGGCAGUAGUAGUAGUAAGUAAAAUGGUUGUAAGGACACUAGGUCCGGGCAAAUUCUACGGCAAAAGCCUCCCAAGGCCGCGGAUCUACGAGGAGGUGAAGUUGAACGACCGUCGAGUGGACCCUCCCGUGCCCGUCUUCGAUGCCCUGAUGUCGUGGGCGGAGGAGGCGCACUGGUCCAUGGGCGGCCUCAGCUUCAAGCGCCACCGCCUUCAGGGCCGGAUCGAGGGCAACAUCAGCAAGUUAAGGGAGGCGGCGGAGGAAGAGAAAGUGCAUCACCGCAACAAGUCAUCCCCUUCACCUCCGCCCGCCCCGCUCGCCUUGAAGCGAAAGCGGCGCUUGAUUUGUGAGGCCCAAGAUGAUGAUGAUGCCGAUGACGAGUCCAGUAGAGGGCGGCUUCCGGUCAGGAAACUAGGUGAUGAUUUCGACAGGAUAGCGCAGCAAAGCGACGCACGGACCAGGGCACAAAAAGCAGCCGAUAUGGGGAUUGAGAAAGGGGGGAAGAAGAGAAGAUUUUCUAAGAUAUGAAAGAUAUGUAGGCGUGCUUGUUCCUUUUGCCAGUUCGUUUUAGUUUAUCGAUCUGAAGAAGAAAUGGCCAGCAGGAAUUGUGUUUUUAUAUGUAUGUGUUGCAAUCUCUGUAUGUCUUUAAUUUAAUUUUUGUUUUUAACCCAGAAAGCAAAACAUUGAGCAAAUUAAAAAGAAAAUGAUACAUUUCAAAUUGGG